AUGGCCGAAGAUCGCCUCAACGCCAUGCGUGGCUACAAGGCCACAAUAAACAACCCCAACGUCUCCAAGGAAGCCAAGGAACACGCCGAGUACAUGCUCCAGAACGAAGUCGGCGGCGAGGAGGCGCAGGAGGAGCUGUACAGGCGACGGGGCGACUACGACAAGUCGCCGAAUCGGGUUGCGGGCGGGUUGAAGGCCGCCAUGCAUAACCCCGGCAUCCCGGAGAGUGGCAAAAAGAAGGCGCAGCAGAAGCUGGGGAAGGAUGCGCCGGCUGAGUAG